ACUGCUGGGCAGAAAGCACAGCCCAGAAGUGGUACAGGAUAACAGGAAGGACACGAGAAACUCACGCCAAGGAGGGACACUCGGGACAAUCUGAAGUAACAGAGUGGAGAGGUCCUGAAGAGGACCAGAGUAGACAGCAGCGGUGGAUCUCCAGCAGACAGGUGGAGGGUGUGAUGGAGAAGGAGCAGGUCCCCCCGGCCUGCAGCGCCAGCACCACCACUACCGCCCCCACUAACCCCCCCACUAACCCCCCCACCAGCACCACCUCCACCCCCACCCGCACUGCUGCGCCUCAGAUCUCUGUCUACGCCGGCGUCCCAGACAGACAGAUGCAGGUGAUCCAGCAGGCGUUGAGCAGGCAGCCCAGCACGGCGGCUCAGUACCUGCAGCAGAUGUACGCGGCGCAGCAGCAGCACCUCAUGCUGCACACAGCAGCUCUGCAGCAGCAGCACCUCAGCAGCACACAGCUCCAGAGUCUGGCCGCCGUGCAGCAGAUCAAUCUGGCCACCUCUCCGGCCGCUGCCGCCCAGCUCAUCAGUCGAGCCCAGAGCGUGAGCUCCGCCCCGGGCAGCAUCACCCAGCAGGCCGUGUUGCUAGGUAACACCUCAGCCUCCACCCUCACCGCCAGCCAGGCCCAGAUGUACCUGCGCGCACAGAUGGCUCAGCAAACUAACCUUGUGCAAGUAGCUAGGAGCCUAGGCCGCGCUGUUCCUUUGUCCCCCCAGCUCAUAUUCACUCCAACCGCCACAGUCGCCGCGGUCCAGACAGAGGUGCCCACACACACCACCAACCAGCAGCCUGCCAGCACACAGGUGCCGAACCUGGCUCUCUGCAGCCAGCAGGGGGAGGUCUCCCCCUCCCCUUCCCAGGCAGCGGUCCAGGCCCUGGGCCUCAAACAGGCCCUUGCAGCCCCUCUCCUUUCCCUGGGCACCCAGGCUGCAGCUCAGUUCAGGAGUCCUGGCCAGGGCCAGGCUGUUCCCCUGAAGGGUGAAGGCCCCGAGGUCUCCUGUGCCCUGCCCCUGCCCGACGGAGGGAGCAAGCUGGACGGUGCUAACGAGUUAACCGCCCGCAUGGUGGCCAUCAGCAGAAACGUCACUGCCGUCACCAGCCAUCCACUCUUCACCACAGCAUACACACAGAUUCAGACACACCAGUUGCUCAAGCAGCAACAACAGCAGUUUGUAAUCCAGCAGCAACAGCAGCAGCAGCAGCAGCAGCAGCAACAACCACAUGUACAGCAACAACAGCAGCAGCCACAACAUCUACAACAACUACAGCAACAGCAACAGCAACAGCAACAGCAACAGCAACAGCAACAGCAGCAACAACAGCAACAGCAGCAGCACCAACAGCAUCUACAGCAUCUACAGCAGCAGCAGCAGUCCCAGCUGCCUCAGAUAUCCCAAGCCCAGCUUUCUCAAGCCACCCCCAUCCAACCAAGCUUGCAGACUCAGACCCAUACAGUGCAUGCUCUGGCGAUCCAGCCGGUCAUGCCAGCUCCUUUGCAGAAUCAGAGCCGUAAUCAGAACCAGAGCCAGUGCACCAUAGCCAUUCUGCCCAAGCCGGCGGCGCCGAACCCACAGCCCGUUCUCUUCCAUUCCACUGUAACUGCCCAGGUGCUCCCUCACAAUGGUCACCCCCCAGCAUUGAGCCCCCCCUCACAGGCCAACGGGAAGCCCGUGCAGCUGGCCGCUGCCAAUCCCCAGGUCCAGCCAGGAGUGACCAAUGGUGGCGCCCCAGUUCAGGAUGGUGUGGGGCAACAGAGCUGUGCACAGCCCAUGGCUGAGGUGGCGUGCCCUGCACCCAAUCACCAGCUCGUGAUGUCUGUCCCCGCUCUGGAGGAGCCCAGUGCAGGUGCAAGCCUGCUAGGCAGGAUCACUGAAGGCGCGGGUGUCGCAGAGGGGAGAGUGAAUGCGAAACCAGGUGUGUGCUCACCUCCAGCCAUGACCUCGGGCAAUGGGAACAAUGCGCCCACUGUGACCGGCAGUACUCCUCAAAAUGGCGAGAGUAAACCACCCCAGGCUAUUGUGAAGCCCCAGAUCCUAACGCACGUCAUUGAAGGAUUCGUUAUCCAGGAGGGAGCUGAGCCAUUCCCAGUGGACAGACCAUCACUGUUGAUUGAGAACCUAAAGAAACAGAAGCAACAGCAGCAGACACAUUCGGACUCUGAGAAAGCGGCACAUGAAAAUUCAGUGAAUACGGCCGAUUCUGAAAUGGAGGAUCUUUCACAACAAGAGCUAAAAAAUCAGGAGGACGAGCCAACACUCUCCUGUGAGCUGUGUGGCAAAAUAGACUUUGCUUACAACUUCAAGCGGUCAAAGAGGUUUUGCUCAACUGUUUGUGCUAAAAGGUAUAAUGUUGGGUGUACAAAGCGAAUGGGCCUGUUCCCUAAUCGUCACACUGCAAUGGAAAAGCUGAAGAAGCAAAGAUCCUCCAACACGACAUCAGACGCCAAGAAACUGGCCACCUCCAACAGCCAGGAUCACAUGGCCGGCGCUCGCUCGUCCCCACACCUGGGCCGGGGCAGCCAAGGGGAGUCCAGCCAGUGCUCGGACAUGUCCAGCUACGAGGAGCCCCCCUCGCCGCUCUCCGCCGCCAGUUCGGGGGCGCAGAGGCCGCCCGCUAGUGACCGGGGCUCGGCGGAGCACGGGGAGAGGCACGAGCACGAGCUUCCCCUGCUCAACCAGCCCUUCCUGCCCAGUGACCCCGGCAAGUGGAAUGUGGAGGACGUUUACGAGUUCAUCUGCUCCUUGCCAGGUUGCCAGGAGAUAGCCGACGAGUUCCGUUCGCAGGAGAUCGACGGCCAGGCCUUGCUGCUGCUGAAGGAGGACCACCUCAUGAGCACCAUGAACAUAAAGCUGGGGCCCGCACUGAAAAUCUUCGCCCGUAUCAGCAUGCUCAAAGACUCCUAGCCUCUCUCUCUCUCUUCCCCCUCUACACCUAGCACGUUCUCCCCUCGGAAAAACACCUCAGAUGAUACAAACGCUCAGAAAAAAAAGACUGGAAGAAGAAGAAUGGAUUCAAAAGCCUCUGCACUGAUCACCUGUUCGUCACCAACAUCUCUCCUCAAGGGCUCUGUGUGGUGAAGACCACAACAUGGAGCCACAGAUUAAAUACAUCGAUACUGUAUCGCAGGUCGGCAUUGAACUGUUGUCCUCAAGGGAUUAGGCCUGAAGUGAAUUUGAACUUAAGUCAGUGGGUGGGAAAUGGGGGUCAUUGAUGUUUGAGGACUCUGAGCAGCACAAGUGUUUUAGCCCUUUGCAUUGAUGACUUUUGGUUGGGACAACAGGGUGGGCCAAGCCAGUUUUGCGGAGAAACACAUCUGAAAUGUGAAUAGGUAUUAUUUCAGUUUAACUGGAACUGUGAACCUGACCUCAGUUGCAAACACAAGGGAAAAAAGGUUAAAUGACCUACAUGUGUUUUUCAGUUCAGUAUACCGGAUAUGCUGUUUGAGUGGUUUUUGCUUUGCAACCACACCAAAAGUGUCUCUUUUAAAUCAACCAGUAGUAUCAGUUUGUGUAAACGAAGGGACCCGUUCAAAGAGAAUCCCAACAAAAAGUUGACAUUGAUUGCUUAUCCCAUUUGUAAUGCUAGUUCAAGAGUUUGUAAUUGGCUUUGUUCUUCAUAAUCAGUGAUGCAAACUGUGUUGUCAAGUGAAGUGGUUGUGGCAAAUGUUUUCAAAAAGGAGAAUAACUCUUUUUCAUGAUGUGCCUAAUAUUUAUCUGAAUGCAUCCCAAAGAUUUCCUCAACCCUAAGAUCACAUUCACCAGCCGAUUCCAUAGACACCAUACAGGUUUAUGGGUCAGUCAAUCUGCAGGGAUAAUAAAGGUAUAUCUUAAAAGGCCUCUCACCUCAUAGUCACAAUCGCUCAGCGUAGAGAACUGGACUUGUGACCAGUAGAUGUACAUAGUGCUGUUUGUCGUUCCUUGUUGCCGGAAUACGCAGUGAAACUCAGACUGGAGUGAAUUACGAGGUUAGCUUUCCAAAAGCAGUUUUCAUCAGUGUUUUUUUUUUUUGUUUCAGUAGUCCAAUGAGUCAGUGUGUUAUGUUGGCAUUGAUAGUUCAGUUGUAUGUACUUGUGUUUGAUGUUCAUCAAGACUUACACAUACAAAUAGUUUGCCUGCAGCACCAAAAAAAUUCAUCAAUCGCAGUUCUCUGACAAGUCUCAUUUUGUAUAUGAGGAAUAAACAGUUUACAUAAAAA